AUUGUGAUGGUCCUUUUCAAGCAACUCAGCUGUGGAAUAGUAUUAUUCAUGCUCUUCACAGUCAGGUGGAAAUAAAAAGACGUAGACAACAUCUGAAAACAUACAGGAACUGUUUCACCGGCUCCAAUGCUGUUGAUGUGGUACUAAGUCAUCUUAUGCAAAGCAUGUACCUGAGCUGCAAUGAUAUUUCUCGGAUGAAGGGAGUCCGUGUAUGCCAGGCCUUGAUGGAUCACAAGGUGUUUGAGCCAGUUGGAGCAAAGCCUUACUUAUUCAAGGAUGAGAAAAAAACAGAAUUUGAAGACACGAACGCUAGUCUCUAUAAAUUUGUAAAUAGUAGUCUUACUCCUCUUCUUCCGAGGAAAAGUAAAGACAACGAGAACUUGUCUCCUGAGCAAAUCUGCAAACAGAAGACAAAAAGACGUUCCAACAGAACAAGGUGUGAAACAACACUUUCAAACCCCUUAGCAUUAGAGGCAGCCGAUAAGAAGAGGGUAGAGGAGCUUCUUCAAUCAAUUAAUGUUCAUGCAUCUUUACUUCCAAAGAUCAUGGUUAAUAAACCAAUUCAUCUCCUUUCAAAAAGAGUAAUAGAAGAUGUCUGGAAACAGCAAACUCUGCUACGACUGCUGCAGUUAAUUGAUGUUCCGUUUCUAGAAGAUAUCUUAGUGUCUUCAGUGAAGACAAAACCCGACUGUUUUGGCAAAGAAGAAGACCUGAUUAUCUCAAAUACUUUCCUGGACAGAGAGGUUACAUGUAGCUUAAACUUGCCUGAGCUUGACAAAUGGCUCUAUGCUGCAAUGGAAUGCUUGGAGUAUUUCCCAGACCAGUUCAUAGUGAUGGUUAGUCAGCAGUUACCUCAAAGCACUAACAAACCAAGCAGUCUGAAUACAUACAAGAAGAUUCUUUUUGAUGUUAUAAUAAAGUAUUAUAGUCAAAAGAAGGACUCCCUUCUUGCCACUCAGGAUCUCAAUAUUCAUUCAGGAAUUAUAGAACUUAUAG